UAAAUAAUCUAUAAACAAAAGUAUUGUCAAAAAACAAAGUUUGACUUUGAUGAUGGUUAUUGCUUAGGUUAGAUGUUUUCUCUGUUACAUGCUAAAUAUGUACAGUCACUUCCUUUCACUGGUGUAUAAAUAUGUCAGUGAACGUCCUCUGUUGUUUCGUUUACUGGGGGGACAGAAAAGAGCAUCAUGGAGUAUGAAGCACUUCAUCUAUUCAUACUUGCAUAUUUAUGUGGUCUUAUAACCGGUUCUCCGGCUUCCACCUUGUGCUCUAAUGAGAAUCUGGACAUUAGUAUGGGGAGAUUUUCUCUCUCAAAUAGUUUUUCUGAAGGUAGCGUUCUAAGAUAUACUUGUCCAGAAGGCUAUUACCCAUCUGUUAAGAGCCGGCAGUGUAAAAAUGGAAGAUGGGACCCAAAACCCAUAAAGAAAUCACAGUGCAAAAUGGUCACAUGCCCCGAUCCUCGUGGUUUUGAAAACGGCGAUGUCUAUCCUUAUCAGCAGAGGUAUUUUGUGAACAGCACAACAACCUACUCGUGUCAUUCUGGCUACACAUUCAGUGGCUCAGUGUCCCGAAUCUGCCAACCUAAUGGGAAGUGGAGUGGUGGCACACCAAUCUGUGGAAGAAACUCGGGUCACUGUCCUGAUCCUGGUGUUCCCCCUGGCACUACAAGGUCAGGCAAUAUGUUUAAUAUUGAUGACAAAGUCACAUUCAAGUGUGAUCGUGAACUGACAUUGAUUGGUUCCCGUGAGCGAGUCUGUCAGGAAAGUGGCCUGUGGUCAGGGACAGAACCGGAAUGUUACGCUGAUUUCACAUAUGACACCCCAGAGGAAGCAUCCGAGGGUUUCAGCUCUUCUCUAAAGGCAAAUCUACAGGUUUCUCAACAGUAUGAAGAAAUAGUUCAACAAGGAAAAAGAAUAACAGUGAUUAAAAGAUGUUUUUUUGGCAGAAAGCUUGAUAUCUACAUUGCCUUUGAUGUAUCUGAUAUCAUAGAUGAAAAUGAGUUUGAAAAGGCGAAAGGUGUCAUUAGUAAACUCAUAGAAAAGAUCAGUUACUAUGAGGUCUCCCCAAAUUAUGAGAUCUUGAUUUUUGCCACAGAUGUUACCAGGAUUGUCUCUAUGCAAGAAUUUAAGAGUGGUCAAAAACAUAACCUCUUACAAAUUCUUAAUAAACUAAGAGAUUUUAAAUAUAGCAGUAAAUGGAAGCGAACAGGGACUAAUAUCGCCAAAGCUUACUUUAACAUUUAUAAGAGUAUGCUAAUUGAGAAGGAAAUUGAUAAAAAGAGCUUUCUUAAGACUCAACAUAUUGUCAUCUUGUUCUCUGAUGGUCAAGCCAACAUGGGUGGAAAUCCCAAACCUAACGUGGUCAAAAUAAAAAAUCUUGUGAUACAAAAGGAUCCUUUACGUGAGGAAAAACUUGACCUUUAUGUGUUUGGAAUGGGUGAUGAUGUAAAUGCUGAGGAUAUAAAUCAUUUAAAGACUGACAGAGAAAAUGAAAAGUUUUUUUUCAAACUUCGAGGUCUGCAAGAUUUAAAGGAGACGUUUGACACCAUGAUUGAUGAGGGUACCAGUGUACAAAUGUGUGGACUUUACAAAGAUUACAGUGAUGGCUCAGAUUCCCAUAAGCAUCGUCAAUACCCCUGGUUGGCAAAGAUUUUAGUGAUUCGUAGUGAUGGAACAAUUUCAAAAUGCAUGGGGUCUUUAGUCACAUCGACCUUCAUCUUGACAGCGGCUCACUGCUUCAAAUUUGUUGAUACACCUGAUAGGAUAACUGUUGACAUGGAAUCAAAGUCUAAAGGAAUCCAAGUUAAAGAGUACAUACCUCAUCCUCGCUAUAAUCUCACAGCAAAGCGUCACAAGGGCAUUCCAGAAUAUUAUGAAUUUGACAUAGCCCUUCUUCAACUGGAAGAGCCUGUAAUCAUCAGUCCUGAUAUUCGACCAAUCUGCAUCCCCUGCACCAAGGAAACCAGUGGAGCUCUAAAACUUUCAGACAAAGAGGGAACGUGCAAAAAACAUGAGGAGAUGCUGUUGAGUGCAGAAACCGUGAAUGCUGCUUUCAUGUCAAGUAUCGGAGUCAAGAUUGAACAGAAGGACAUCACAAUCAAACAGGGAAAUUUGUGGAAUGAUUGUAUUGAAGAUGCAAAAAAAGCAAAAGGAAUUACUGCGACAAAUGCAAAGGAUAUUGUAUCACACAAUUUUUUGUGCAGUGGUGGUAUCGAACCAAUCACAGAUGAUGUUGCCUGUAAAGGUGAUUCUGGAGGUGCCACAUUUGUUCCUGGUGCUCGAAUAGUACAGGUCGGUAUUGUAAGCUGGGGAGUGAAGAAUAUGUGUACACGCAGCCCUAAACCUAAAUCUGUGAAAGAUUCCAGAGAUUACCAUACAAAUCUGUUCAGUCCAGAAAUACGUUCAUUCCUUAAAAAAUAUCUGGGAAAUGAAAGAAUAGGAACUCCUCUAACAUUCUUAUGAACAUUUAUUUAGCAAUAGCUUAUUUGCAUCCUCAGAAACGUUAUGCAUGUAUAGUGUUUAAAAAAUAGCACUAAUAAAAGUGAAAAAGUGCAGAAAUGUUAUAAAUAGAUUUUAAUUCCUUUAUUUCGGAUGUAUGGAAAACAUGAUAUUUAAUGCCAAAUAAAAGCAUUAACAAAAUGUAUCAAGUCUGUUCUCUUCUUUUAAAGGUAAACAAAGAAAAUGAAUAUUUAGCUGUUAAAAAUAGCAGUGUAAACAUUUUUCUCUUUAGAUACUUAUAAACUAAAGAAAUUUCUUAAGAUUUAACUUCACUUUAAACUAUUGAAUAAGUAAUAUUUAGUUGCAUAUCCCUUGUUGUUGUUAAAGGAAUAGUCUACUCAUUUUCAAUAUUAAAAUAUGUUAUUACCUUAACUAAGAAUUGUUGAUACAUCCCUUUAUCAUCUGUGUGCGUGCACGUAAGCGCUGGAGCGCGCUGCGACGCUUCGAUAGCAUUUAGCUUAGCCCCAUUCAUUCAAUGGUACCAUUUAGAGAUAAAGUUAGAAGUGACCAAACACAU